AUGCUCAGCAUGACAACUGCCAAUCCCAUGACAAGCUUUGCGGGCCACAACAAUCAAGACUUUCAGUUAGGGUCGAACCUGGGACACGUCCACGUCAGGGUUGGGAGUCAGCCAGGAGGUUCGUCAACCCUUUUCGAUACUGCUAGUUAUACAGCUGGUGAAGAUGCUACAAUUGCUAACAGCACGUGGGGAUCUAGAUCGAACACCUCCGACCUCUCGAUUCCACAACAAACACUUCGAGGUGCCCCGCAACCCCAGCUCUGUCUUCACUGGACGAGAAGAAAUAGGCAAAUGACUACAAAGUCACUGUCUACCGUCCACCACCCUGAACUUGCAGCAACAACAGAAGAGAUUUGUCAUUUACGGGCUGGGUGGAUCAGGCAAGACGCAGGUAUGCCUCAAAUUUGCGGAAGAUUAUCGUGA